ACAGUUUCCGACGAGUUUCGAGUAUAUAGUAACUCUAUUAUGGUAUUCAAUAUGUUUAUAUGUGUAUCUAAGAUCUUUUUGUGAAUGCAAACAAAGUUUCCUAUUAGAAGUUUAGACAAAUAAUGUUUAGUAUAUAAAACGAUGUUCACCAACUCUGAUUAGUACGAGAUUUUUGGAAAAGAGCCCAAUAACAAAGCCAUGCGGUCUUACCUCUUAAGCCCAAAGUGGACAAUAUCGUAUUAAUCGGCUGAUAUGGGCUCGAGAAAACCCAACAGAUCUGAAUUUUGCAACAUGAUAAUUUGUUAGAUUUGUUUCCUUUGGUUAGGAUUAGGUAUGAUCAUUUAUAUGUGGUUCUGAUUCUUUAAAGAUAUGUAACAGACGCCGAUGAAACAAUUAUUUUGAUUCCGUGGCGACGGAUUUUGCUUCUGCAACAAAUUCUUGAUUUUGCGUUGGUAGCCUUAGCAACAAGAAGCAAACACAAAAAUGGUCGAGACGCGAGCUCAGCAUCGAAGGCGAGUGACAUCACAGACAUGGGGUAAGGUAGAAGGUGCCGAAGAUGUGUUUCAUGACAUCUUAUCUCGACUGUCAGUAAGGUCUAUCCGUUCAUUCAAAACGGUUAACAGAUACUGGCAUGCCUCAAUUAGCAACAAACAUUUUGCUACAAAACAGCUAGCUCAGUCGAGAAAGAAGCCCUCAUACAUAGCUUGUCCUAGAGCAGACAAGGCUAUGAAGUUGUACUUGUUGAAGCCAGGGAAGUUCAACUAUCGACACCAUGCUACAGUUGAUCCUCCGGGAAGAAGCGCCGAUCACAACAUGCACAUGAUAGCAUCGUUCAAUGGAUUAGUAUGCUGCAUCAACCAACUCUCUGAUGAAAAUGAAGAUCAUCAGAUAUGGAUUUGCAAUCCCUCUACUGAAGAGACUAUGCUUCUUCCUCAAGGCAGACCAUCUGUUUGGACUGAACCAAGUAUUGGAGUUGCAUAUGGUCCUGACAUUAGCGACUACAAAAUUUUCAGCAUAUUCUGUGUGGGCAAGAGAAACGCUGGAAAAGGGGAUUAUCUCUACGAAUGUGAGGUGUAUUCAUCUAGCAGUGGUGCGUGGAGGGGCAUCGGCCCUGUGCUUCAUCUUCCAAUGUAUGUUUGCUUCAGUCCACACAGAUCCGCUCAUGUCUUUGCAGGAGGGAAGAUCUACUGGCUGGUUUCUCUGGACGAUCCUGCAGGUAUAAUGCUCUCUGUGGAUAUGGAGGAGAACUUCGAAGUUAUGGAGCUGCCUUACUAUUCAACAGACCUGCGUUACGAAGACAGGAUAACAGUUACGACGUAUCUGAUAAACCUGGGAGGAUCUCUGUCACUGGUAGUUCUACAUGUGGGUUCCUUUGACGUAUGGGAGUGGAAAGAAGCUAGUUGGGUACUUGUAAUCGAAGAUUAUUUGCCAUUCAUGCACUUUUGUGAAAUUGUAUUAUUCAUGACCUCGUUAGAGAAGGAGAUCCUGUUUGUGACUGAGUCGCGCUUGUGGACUUAUCAUUUGGAUACUAGAAAGUGGAAAAAAAGGGGCAGGCCUCCUACUCGAUUUACGAAUCCUGCUAUCUUCCCCUUCACCGAAAGCCUUCUUCCAUGCAAUGGAGGGGUGAGGCUAGAAGGAAGGUGAAGAAGAGUACUUAUCAUCUCUGGCUUGUUGGUGGUGCUUUGAUUUAUCUUGCAGAGGCUGUGUGUUUCUCACUGGAUAGAUACUCUUUUUAUUUUUCCGUUCUAAAACUUUUCAUUUCGUUUAAGGUUUCUGGUGAGAAGCUGACUAUUAGUGUUGUUGUGGCACUCUGUUUCCAUUUGUUUCUUACUUAAGAUUCUGAAAUGUGCUUUCUUAUUACUCAGAAUAACAUCCAGUAUUAUCAACCUGUUACGGUUUUCUAAAUU